AUGAUUUACAAUGCAUCCUUUAAGUAUUUGGCGUUGAUCGGGCUAUUGUAUUCAAUGAUACUCUUGGUAUCCGUUCAAGGAAAAACAUAUAAACUCUUGGACGCCCCGCAGUGUGGAUAUAGCAAUGUCAGGCAUCCGAAAAUAGUGAAUGGUGUCCCAUCGAAACUUAAUGCAUGGCCAUGGAUCGCUGUACUCGGUUACGAGAACAAAACUCAUCCCUUAAGAUGGAUGUGCGGUGGCUCGCUAAUAACAUCCAGACACGUGCUGACUGCUGCUCAUUGCAUAGAGGAGGGUUAUUUAAAAUUCGUUCGACUUGGCGAGUUAGACCUGAUUAGCACUACAGACGGGGCGAAUCCCGUUACAGUUACACUGGAUAAGAUAACAGUGCAUCCGAAUUACGUUGAUGGCGAGCAUCUGAACGAUGUAGCCGUUCUCAAGUUAUCGAAGGACAUAACGUUUACAGAUGCGAUACACCCGGUUUGCCUACCCAAAAACGAGCCCCUCAAAAGCAGCGAUUUCGUGGGCACUCAUCCAUUCAUUGCGGGCUGGGGAGCAACGCACUUCGAUGGCCCGGGAAGUCCCAUAUUAAGAGAGGUACAAGUGGACGUGCUCAAGAAUGAUAUUUGCAAGAAAGCAUACGGAAUUUUUAGCGACGUAGUUAUUGACAAUCGCGUGAUGUGUGCCGGAUAUGAAGUUGGAGGAAAAGAUUCUUGCCAAGGUGACAGCGGAGGGCCACUGGUAGUACCUAUGAAUACGACGUACUAUGAAAUUGGAGUAGUGUCUUUUGGCUAUGGAUGUGCUGAGAGAGGAUUCCCCGGUGUCUACUCCAGGGUCACAGCUUUCCUACCUUUCAUCACUAAAUCGCUGACUUAA